GACAGGUAUGAAAUGUUAACGAUACCGGAUAAACUUGUGAAAUAUGCCUGUUCGUAUGAUUCGCUAAACACCGGAGAAUUGCUUCCUGUCCUGGAGAGACGCUGCCAGAGCAAAAAGAAAUGCGUGUCGCAGUUUAACUUCAUUUGGUUACACUUGAGGAAGCGCUGGUGAAAUCAGUGAGUUGGCGUUAACAGCAAGUGCACUUGGCAAGCAAGUCCGUUUCGACGCGGUGUUAAUGUCAAUGUCUGCCCUUUUCAUCUUGACUUGAAUUUAUGUGUUUGUCCCGAUAAACGGUCUUAAACUGGUGUUGUUCUGUGAACACUAAGCUGCGUUGAGGAGGCAGGGAAGUGAUGGUGGUACGGCAGUAGUCACAGCAUCAUCAUGGACCGCCCCGGCCGGCGGCUACCUGCCACCCACCUGUAGCAUCAGUCAGCAGCAUGGCGAACACGACCCUCGGUACGCCGGACCGGACAGACAGCGGCUGUGGUGUGUCUGGAGGAGCCAUUGUGGGGAAUGGCUGCGUAGUGAAACACCCGGCUUCCUCCGACCUUGGCGAUCAGACCAGCGACCGUUGCCAUGAACCCAGCAUGGCCCCGCACAGCGAGCCCGUCUUGUCCAGUUACAAGCCGACCUGCUCCUCUACCCCCAUCUACUACAGCAGCCCCCAGAAAAGCUACUCAGACCUGAAUCAGGACAGCCACAGCUUGUCCUCCCAGGACUCAGGUAUCCCGACCCUGGAGAUCAACCCUCCAGAGCCCAUCCUCCACAACCACCAACGCCCAGGCAACGGAGGCCUCAUCCUGGACUCCAAUCAUGACUCUCCUGCCACUUUACCUUUGGAUGACGACCCCUCUGACAGCAACGCCAUACGCAAAUCUUCCACCUUCCCCCGCAGCGGGUAUGAUUCCAUCCGCCUCUUCAGUCCCGCCCUCAGAUUAUCCGCCACCACGGGGAUGAGUGUCGUCGGCGGAACCUUAAACCGCAGCGAUGACAUCUCUGUGUGCAGCGUGUCCAGCAUGAGCACGGAGCUCUCGGUCUCCAACGAAGACAUCUUGGAUUUCACCGUCACCUCUGACUCCAGCGCUAUCGUCACCUUAGAGACGGACGACAGCGGCACCGCUCACUUCUCAGACGUGACGCUGUCGUCAUCACCGGGAAACCCCAGAGACUUAUGGAGUCCCGUGCGACCGCAUCCGGGGUCAGGUGUCAUGCGACAGGAAGAGGAUGGCAGGCAAAAGAAAAUGGGACCUCUAGCAAGCUUAUUCAACAGGAGCCUGUUCGCCAGAAGGGUGAAGGACAGUCGGCCAGUGGAGCAGAGGGAUCCAGGGUGGAAGCUAUUCGGGAAAGUCCCACCACGAGAAGGCCCCACUAAGGACCCGAAGAGAAUACAGAAGGAAUAUGAAACAAAGACUGGCAGAGCUGGACCUGGCAACCCGACGUCUCCCAGGCAGAGUGUGAGGAAAAACCUGGACUUUGAACCCCUCUCCACCACCGCACUUAUACUGGAGGACAGACCUGCUAAUCUGCCUGCCAAGCCAGCCGAGGAGGCCCAGAAACACAGACAGCAGUAUGAAGAGAUGGUGGCCCAGGCCAAGAAGAGAGAAUUGAAGGAGGCUCAGAAGAGAAGGAAGCAGCUGGAGGAUCGGUGUAAGCUCGAGGAGAGCAUUGGCACAGCCGCCCAGACCUGGAACCAAGAGAUCUUACCUAACUGGAGUACAGUGUGCACAUCUCGACGAGUGAGAGACCUCUGGUGGCAGGGUAUCCCACCCAGUGUCAGAGGCAAAGUGUGGAGCCUGGCUGUGGGCAACGAGCUGAACAUCACACACGAGCUGUAUAAUAUCUGUCUGGCCCGGGCAAAAGAGAAGUGGAAGACCACGCCAGCACCGGCCUCAGAGACUGAACCUGAAGAUGCUGGUUCAUCAGAUCGAGAGUCGAGCCUGGAGCUGAUCAAGCUGGACAUCUCAAGAACUUUCCCCCACCUGUGUAUAUUCCAGCAGGGCGGGCCAUAUCAUGACGUGCUGCACAGCAUUCUGGGAGCAUACACUUGUUACCGGCCAGACGUUGGCUACGUGCAGGGAAUGUCUUUCAUCGCAGCAGUGCUGAUCCUCAACCUGGACACAGCUGAUGCCUUUAUAGCUUUUGCAAACCUGCUCAACAAGCCCUGUCAGAUGGCCUUCUUCAGAGUCGACCACAGCCUUAUGUUGACUUACUUUUCGGCAUUUGAAGUGUUCUUUGAAGAAAAUCUACCAAAGCUUUUUGCACAUUUCAAGAAAAACAACUUGACUCCUGAUAUUUAUUUAAUCGACUGGAUCUUCACUCUGUACAGUAAGUCGCUGCCUCUGGACCUGGCGUGCCGGGUCUGGGACGUGUUCUGCAGAGACAGCGAGGAGUUCCUGUUCCGCACGGCGCUGGGCCUGCUGCGUCUCUACCAGGACGUCCUGACCUGCAUGGACUUCAUCCACAUGGCUCAGUUCCUCACCCGCCUGCCCGACCUCAUCCCCGCUGAGCAGCUCUUCCAGCACAUCGCCGCCAUCCACAUGACCAGCCGCAACAGGAAGUGGGCGCAGGUCCUACAGGCGCUACAGAAAGACCCUGAGCGAGGUAGCCCAGUGCUGAAGCGCUGAGCUGAGAUCAGAGGAAGACCAUCACACGCUAACGGACCCAACCAGGACUCUUAGCAGGCUGGGCGGACCUGAAAAAGACCUGUGUUCAACAUCAUCUGGUUGAGGCCGCUGUGAUAAACCUCCUCUCCAGAGCCGCGUCACUGCUCUCACUGGAACCAGGACCCUGUAGGGAGGGGGUCUGUCGGUGAUGAGGGGCGUGAAAAGGAAUACGAGGCCUUAUUUAUCUCCCGCCGCCCCUCCUCAUCUCAGAGGCCCAGCACUGGACUGGAAAGUGUAGCUGGCAGAAUGUAUCACACACUCCCACACACACCACCCACCACGCUGAUCCAGAGGAAACCACAGAGAUACCAGUUACUACUCAAAUCCUCCACUUUAGAUUCUCUGCUGUCUUUCUAGCUCCACUCCCUCUUGUCCUUUCUUUACAUUUGGCUGUUUUCAUGACAAAAACAAAACAUAUGACCCCCCCCCCAGUCUCUAAUAAUAUUAGUCAGGGAAAGACUAAUGCGAAUGACAGUGUUGAAGUAUGUGAAGCGGACCCUCAGCUAGCGUCUGUGUCUCUGUGUGUCUCGAUCUCUUUGUCCCCGCACCUCGUCUCUGAGUUUGAUUUUGUCUUCUUAAGUCGCGUGUUUCCUGAACCAUUCCAAGAAUCAGCUCUCCGGGAGGGUUAAAAUCCAUGAAAAUGCACAUAAGCCUUCAUGCUGAAGACAAAUGUGGUGUCUCUGAGAGCACCGUGUCGUUGUGUGUAAUGAAAUAUUUAACCCUCUAAAAAGAGGUCAUAAGCUGCCUGUAAAAUGAGUUUUACAGUAUAUUUGUCAGUGAAACUGGGGUAAAUAAUGAGGUAACGUGUUGCUGUUAGACACACACACACGACAUGCAGCCCCUGAUAUGUUUGAGCAACAUUUCAGCUUGUUAGUGUGUUGAUUCCUGAUGUCUUGGUGUGAGUUUGAUGUCUUAAAAUUUUGUAUUUAUUUAAUAUUUAUCAGAAGGCCAAUGGGACACAAACAGGACUCAUUCCAGUCAAAUGAAGGGUUGUUGCCGAGCCUCUCCCCACUCAAACUCAUACUUUUGAAUCAUAUCUGAUAUCGUCCUGAUGACUUCUGAUUUUGAUUAUCAGGAUAACUAAAGGUGACAAUACUCAAGGAGGCUAGGCUAUUAUACUGAUAUGUUUAUAGAUGAUGUGAUGAUCACGGCAGAACAGGAACAAUAAAUGUCAUCAUUGUCAGUCAUUAUUCAAGAUGAAAAGCAAAACAUUCCUUUCCUCCAGCUGCUCACUUUGCUGCUUUCUUUGACCUUUGUGGCAAUAAAUUAAUUAUGUUUGAGUUUUGGAUGGCUGGUCAAACAAAACAAAAAUCAAUUCGAGGACUUCAUCAAGUGACAUUAUCAUGGGGAUGAUGGGCAAUUAAUCAUCAGAUUAAUUGAUGUUGUUAAAAGCAAGCCUAUAGUAUCGGCUCUCUAAUCUACGGGCCCUGGCAGAGCCACCUGACAAUCAGCUACAGGGCACUGCGCAGCCUUUGUCGAGUAUCUGUGGCACUUCUGUCCUACCGCUUGUUUAGAUCAGUGAUUUCACCCGUUUUUGCCCAUUUCUGAUCACUUUUUGUCUGCGACAGACCCAAGCUAACGCCAGUCCAGGCAAACCAAGUUCUCAAAGGCACCUUAAAUAGGUUAUGAUUGGUUUCAGAGUCUUGUUUUUUCCUGUCAUGCAGAACAUAGUGCACGCCAGCGGUCACCUGGCCACGAACGUGUCACCUUUUCAUGCUUUGCGGCCGCUGUUCUUCGAGGUUUGUCAGGGCCCGACCCCGCAUUCACACCGUGGUUAAUGUGUUAAAGUUCCAUCACCUGCAGUGUUCUGAUGAGCUGGGCUGAGCAGUGCUAAGCUGAGGUGAAGCACCGUCGAACUGUUGAUCCCACACAGUUUGUUCAAUGUCUUUUUGCCCUUUUUGCACAGAGCUGUGCGUCAGAUCAGACGAAGGUGCAGUAAUCUGAUUGGCUGUCCACGUCUGUGAAGAGUUCUUGAAAUCUUGAAACAAAAGAAGCUGCUGUCGGCAUUGCUCAGUGUGCACACAGUCCUGUUAUUGGUUGUAAAGCUGCUUCAUCCGAUGUUUUGUGCUACUGAUUGUUUGUUUGUGAUGGAGUUCACGUCAUUUCGAGAUCUGUAAUAUUAGUGACGUCUCCGUUUGGCCUCUUGUCCCCGCUGAGGCUGGACCACACUUUCUGAAACGCCUUUAAGGAGAACGGGCCGCAGCUGAAGUGUAACACAUGCUCUGGGUUUAAAAACAGGAAGCGCCUUUCGUUUGUAAAUCAUCAUGUCGCUGUGUGUUUCAGCGUCUGCGUCAGCUCAGCACCAUGCAGCAGACUCACUCUUUUCAAUGCACCCCCCCCCCCCAACUCCCCCAGUGUGGUGACACACCGCAGGACUGCAAUAAAGCUUUUUGCACGUUCACGCCAGCCUUUGAGUUGUGCCUCGCAUCAUCACUUUUUGUCCUCCUCGCAGGUCUUAACAGGUUGCCAUCCUUUCUUUUCUUUUUUUUUUGUGCUUAAGUAGUGACCAGCUGCUAAUACAAGCUGAUGUGUGUGUGUGUUUCAUGUGUGUUUGUGUGUGUAUGUGGUAAAGCAUACGAGAUCUGUUCAUUGCUAGUUUGUUGUUACAUUAAAGGACGGCCUGUGAAUGAAGUGACCCUCCCAGCUCUCACCAACACUACCUGCUUCCUGUCACACUAGCAGCACCGCAUGAGCCACAAUGGUCAAAAACAAAAUUCAAUCAAACUCAAUUCGAAUAAAAGCUGUAACACGCUGUUUGAUUUGCUGGAUAACUGUAAUUUCUUGGGUUCUGUUUGUUUUGCAUCGUCCGUUUUGUUUUUCCUCAAGAGACCUGCGUACUGUAGAGGACUGAUAGGCGAACAUGGAGACAGCAGAGGGUUACCAUGCAGCUGUAUCUCACUUGAAAUGUAUAUAAACAAUGGUUUUAUUAAAAUAAAGAGCUGUACAUAUUCAA